AUCAUGCAAGUCUUUUCAUGUAAUAAACAAGUUCGACAGCAGACCUAACGACGACGCGAUGGAGAGCGCGGCUUCAAAAUUUACAUUUUUACCUCUCAAAGACAAAAAAUUUCCCUCGAUAGAUGGAAAAGAAAACCAGGAUAAUUUGUUGAAAUGGUCAAUGAAAGGAAGAAUGAAAGCCCAGAUGUUUUGUUUUGAUCAGGUUUUUCAGCCAUAUGAAAAAGAUCAAUUUGUUCGGGAUUUUUUUAAAGAUGAAAAUGUGAUUAAUAAUUUGUAUAUUUUAACUGACAGUGGGAGAUGGACAUCUGUAGGUAUACCUUUAAAUCCUGUUUCCGUGGAAAUAGUUCCGUGUUCAGUAUUAGCCAUGACCUUAUUUGAUCGUCUGUAUAGUAAUAAUAUCGUGAGAGAAGGUGGAGCUAUCUGUAAAUGUCUUGAUGAGUUUUACGAUGAUUUUACUAUAUCAGAUGAACUAAGAAAGAUGUUGCUCUCGGAAGAUUCAGAUAAUUAUGACAUAUAUUCAGAUGCGGACAGAGAUGAAUUCUUAUUCCGUUUGUUUAAACACAUGUGUCUGGGUGGUCAAGUCUGCCAGUUUGAAGAUAAUAUCCAGCCUUAUUUAGAUAUAACUAAACAGAUAUAUAAAGACUUGAUAAGUGUACAGAAGAACAGUGAAAGUAAAGAAUUAAACAUCAUUUCAAGUGUAUAUAAAAUAACAGCUGGGACUGACAGCGGAUUGGUUUAUCCAUCAGAUACAGAGCACGAGCAGACAUUCUCUUAUUUUAUUGUGGAUCCGUUAAAACGUCAUAUCACAGUAUUUUAUCAUCGAUUUGGAGCCUCAGCGUUUGAUUCCUAGUUGUCAGAAAUAUAUUAAAUACUUUACUUUCAUUUCAAAUCAUUAUCCAUUGCUUAAUUAAGGAUAAUAUUGUUAUUCAGAUUACAUGUGACAUGUUAUUCAGAUUGCAUGUGAUGUGUUAUUCAGAUUAAAUGUGACAUGUUAUUCAGAUUGCAUAUAACAUGUUAUUCAGAUUGCAUGUAACGUGUUAUUCAGAUUACAUGUGACAUGUUAUUCAGAUUACAUGUAACAUGUUAUUCAGAUUGCACGUAAUGUGUUAUUCAGAUUGCAUGUAACAUGUUAUUCAGAUUACAUGUUUCGAUUCCCCUCCUGUAUGUGACAAGGAGUAGGGUCGCCUGUACAACUUUAUUGGUUUUCUCCCUCAAGCCAAUUAUUGUAAUAAAAUUGUCCCGAAGUGACAUAUUUUGUGUCAAGUGGAUGUUAACUCCCUCCUUGUUCUAACUACUCAAACCCUCCAAAUUCAUUCCAUUAUAUUCUUUUUAUUUAUUGUAAUAAAUUAUUUUUGAAUAAA